CCCUUACACACGUCUCUUGUAGUGGGAGAGGAUAAGUUAGUGGGAGCGCAACGCUUACCUCAACAUGGUGUUCUGGCUGGGUCGGCUGUUGUCAGCAAAUCCACCCGUUUGGUCCCCCGGUGCCGAAAUUUAUAUAUGCUAUCUCUCCCUCGUCUCGACACUUUUCUCAUCAUCACCAUCAUCAUCAUCAUCACCACUUCUACAAUUAACCACAUCUUCCGUUAAUUUUCAUACAUUUCUUCAAAAUGUCUUCCGGCAUCGCUCGCAUCCAGCACCCCGCCCCGGCCUUCAAGGCCACCGCCGUCAUUGACGGUUCUUUUGAGGAGGUCCAGCUCUCCGACUACACCUCCAAGGGCAAAUGGGUCAUCCUCGCCUUCAUCCCCAUGGCCUGGACUUUCGUCUGCCCCACUGAGAUCAUCGCCUUCAGCGACUCGGUUGCCGAGUUCCAGAAGCGUGGUGCUGAGGUCCUCUUCGCCUCCACCGACUCCGAGUACAGCUUGCUCUCCUGGAGCACCACUGCCCGCAAGAACGGCGGUCUCGGCGAGGUCAAGAUCCCCUUGCUCUCCGACAAGAACCAGAAGAUUAGCCGUGACUAUGGCGUCUUGAUUGAGGAGGCCGGUGUCGCCCUCCGUGGUCUCUUCCUCAUUGACCCCAACGGCAUCCUUCGCCAGAUCACCAUCAACGACCUUCCCGUUGGCCGCAGCGUCGACGAGGCCGUCCGUCUUGUCGAUGCCUUCAAGUUCACCGACGAGUUCGGCGAGGUCUGCCCUGCCAACUGGAACCCCGGUGCCGAGACCAUCAAGGCUACUCCCACCGACUCCAAGGAGUACUUCAACAAGGUUCACGGCCAGUAA